CACAAGAUGGCGAACAUCGCAUGAAAUUUUUACUCUCAACAUGAAUUCGUGAGUAAUAGCAGGGGAGCCAUAGUCGUCUUUUUAUUUUGAAAAUUUCACCCUAGUAUUAUUUUUUUCCAUACUAUAUUUCCCUUCGCAAAUUUAAGCAAAAUCGAAACUCAUUAACAAUGUUUCAGUCGAUCAAUCUGAACGACUAGCCUGUUAGCUAGUUAGCUAGCUAGUUAUAAUCGAUACUUUCCUAUAGCUAGCAAUCUUUCCAAUAGGCUGUCUAUCCUGAGCGGUUAGCUAGGUAGCUAGCAAGGAAUGGUAACUCGUGUAGGUAGUAUAAUAAACUUAGCUAGCUAGAUAAUUAAUUAAAGAACGAGCUAGGUAACUGUAUGGGAAUCUGAAGCUAAUGAGAUGUCGGGAUCUAGCUAGGUAGCUAACUUCUAUUAUUGCUAUUGAUUGACUGGCUGACUAGCAAGUAAAGUUGCAAGCCAGCUAGUUCGCUAGCCAGAUUAGUACCAGUAGCAUGCGGCUAGCUAGAUGUUUAAGUAACUAGCAAGCCACCGAUCCUGAACAUAAUGGACACACACCCGUGACAAAAUAAAACAUUCUUCGCACACUAACUAGCUAGGUGACAGGUUAGCUAGUUAGCCAACGAAACACACCCACAGAGUUAGAAAUUGUUAGAUAACCUUAACUAUCCAUAUUGACCAGUGUAAGAGUAUCUCCAUAUUGUUAGCUAGCUAGCCUGCCAGCAAAAAAGUUCAGAUUUGUUUGUUCCUCCUAGCCUUAAUUCUUGGUGGUAUUGAAAUUCACUGUUAUCAUAUUCAUCUUGUCAUUAAGUGAAUAGCCAGAUUUUUAAGUGGCUUGACUGAUCAAACACUUAGAUAACUUUGCAGGGGGUCUUGCUAUUUAAGUAAUCAUUUAAAACACACAAGCACAUGAAAAGAUCAUAAUACACGGCAAUGGGUGUACAGGGGUUUCAGGAGUAUUUAGAAAAACGGUGCCCCGGAGCUGCCGUACCAGUCGACCUAUUAAAACUCGCCCGAACCGCGGCUCGACAUCAGCCGCACCCUCACCACUAUCAUCCCCAUCAGCAUCAUCACCCAGGCUCUCUGCCUCCCCCGCCAUCUCUUCCAACACCAGUACGGGUUCUGGUCGAUGCAGACUCCGGGCUGCAGCGCCUGUAUGGAGGCUACCAGACCGACUGGGUGUGUGGCGGCGAGUGGAAUGCGAUGUUGGGCUACCUGGGCGCGCUUUCCCAGGCGUGUCUGUACCAAGGUGGCCUCGAGUUGGUGGUGGUUUUCAAUGGCACUUUGGGGAAGGACCGAUGGCCAGAGUGGGCGCGACGGGCCCAGGGACAGCGACAAACGGCACAGCUCAUUGUAAACCAUGUCGGCACCAAGGCGACACCGCCCCCGAGGGCUUGGUUCCUUCCCCCGGCUUGUCUUAGCCACUGUGUACGUCUGGCAAUGCUCCGCUUCCGCGUUCGGGUGGUGCAGACACUGGAGGAUCACCACCAGGAGGUGCUGUCCCUUUACAGGGACCAUGGUUUCCAGGGUCUGAUUGCCCAGGACUCAGAAUUUGCACUGUGCAACGUCCCGGCCUAUUUCAGUUCCCAUGCGCUCAAACUCUCCUGGAAUGGGAAGAACCUCACAACUCAUCAGUACCUGCUGGCUGAGGCUGCCCGGCAGCUGGGCCUGAAGACACAACAUCUUCCCACCUUUGCUGCUCUGCUGGGCAAUCACAUUUUGCCAGAUGAAGACUUAGCUGCCUUCCACUGGAGUCUGCUGGGGCCAGAGCAUCCACUGGCCUCUCUCAAGAUGAAGUCUCAUCAGUUGGUUCUCCCACCGUGUGAGGUUGUCAUCAAGGCUGUGUCCGAGUACGUCGCCUCCAUCAAAGACCUGGCUAAUCUGGAUGCUGUGGCUAAGGAUGUCUUCAAGCAGUCUCAGUCACGCACAGAAGAUAAGAUGGCGAGGUUUAAGAAAGCAGUGGAGUAUUUUUCAGCAGCAAGUAAACCCCGCCCACUCACAAUGGGACCCCGCCCACCAUACCUCUUCCCAGGCUUUGUUCCUGGUCAUAUUGGGGGUCCCCCAGGUCACAUGGGUGCAUUGCCACCUGGAAAGGCUCAGGUGACGGGCUAUAAGGUGCCUUAUCAUGGUGUGCCACACGGACCUGUGUCAGCUCCCGGCCCCGCCCUUCUGUUCCAGAACCCACCGCCUCUGCAGGACUGCAGUGAUUCAUUGGAAGGAAAAACAGGCUUAUCUGAGUGGUCAGCUCCAUAUGACUCCUCCCAGGGGGGAGGCAAGCUACCCAAUCACCACACAGCUGCUGCCUCAGGCCCCUCACCCUCCCCGCCAUCUUCCUUUGAUGGAGAUGAACAAAACAACAAUAGCGCCAACCAUGUGACUGAUUCAGCCUCCAAGUGGGAGGAUCCAACAAGCCAAGGGUUUGGGGCCUCAGGGGAUGGUUCCCAUGUCAAUAGUGGUGGCAUUCCAUCACUCCUCUCCAUGGCAACACGGAGUCACAUGGACAUCACCACACCCCCAUUGCCCCGGGUCAGCACAGAGGUGCUCAGGGUGGCAGAACACAGGCAUAGGAGAGGGCUCAUGUACCCCCACAUCUACCACAUCCUUACCAAGGGAGAGGUGAAGAUGCCGGUCUGCAUAGAGGAUGAGUGUAAUCCUGACCUGCCCCCGGCCUCCUUGCUGUUCCGCUCAGCCCGUCAGUAUGCCUACGGGGUUCUGUUCAGCCUGGCGGAGACCCACAGAAGGCUGGAGAGGGCAGCACUGCGCCGGAGAGGCCCACUGGAGGUGCCCCCAGUAGUGGUGAAGGAGUGGUGCCCCAGCAAGGCCAAAUCGGCUCUCACCCCCGACCUCGUGCCAGCACUGUGCUUCCGGGAGUGGACCUGCCCCAACUUGCGUCGCCUGUGGCUGGGCCGAGCCUCUGAGGAUCGGAGCCGCCGGACCCGGGCCUUCCUUGCCUGCAUGCGCUCCGACUGUCCCGCCCUGCUCAACCCCGCCUGUGUGCCCUCUCACCUGCUGCUCAUGUGCUGCGUGCUCAGGUAUAUGAUGCAGUGGCCGGGGGGCCGCAUCCUGCAGCGCCACGAGCUGGAUGCCUUUUUGGCGCAGGCCGUAUCGAGUCAGCUAUACGACACAGAGAAGCUACAGGAGCACAAGGUGGAUAAAGUAGACGGUCGUGGGGUUCAGUUGGCUGCUCUGUUCAUGAGUGGGGUGGAUACGGCCCUCUUCGUUAAUGACGUGUGCGGACAGCCUCUCCCCUGGGACCAUUGCUGCCCCUGGGGCUUCUUCGAUGGCAAACUCUUCCAGAGCAAGCUGGCCCUGACGCGGGAGAGAGGCACUCUGCUCGAUCUGUGUGAGGGUCAGGAGGAGCAGGUGACUCGCGUAGAGAAUAUGCGCCAAGCUAUCCUGGAAGGCAUCAAUCUCUCCCGCCCACCUCCACCUCCGCCACCUCUGCCUCCCCCAGCAUUCCUGCCCCCGUCUAUGGCACCACCCUUCUACCCCCCGCCUCAUCUCUACCCUCCUCGGCCCCUAGGCUCCCUGCCCCCCCCACACCACCAGCAUCCACCUCCACACAGACCACGUGGCUUCCCAGGUAUUCAGCCUAUCCCCCCCCAGGGAGGAAAGUUGGAAAUAGCCGGCAUGGUUGUGGGACAGUGGGCUGGUAACAAACCACUCCGAGGGAGGGGGGGUUUCGACAUGCAGGUGGUGUCAGUUGGAGGGAAAGGACGGGGGAGAGAAGUAUCUGCAAGAGGAAGGGGCGGGAAAAAAGUGGUAACAAAUCGAACUCAGACUCUGUCCACUGCCCCAACCUCUACCAGUCCCCCCAAAAUUUCAGAGGAUUCCACAGGGGAAGGAAAACCUGGACCUGGGGAGGUGCCAGGGGGCAUGUCCCAACAUUUGAAUGGCAGUUCUCCAGCACCCACUAUUGGUCCGCCUAUGGACCCGCCUCCAUUGGUCCAGCCAAUCCAAUGUGCCUUAGCCAGCAGGGACAGCCAAUCCGAGGCCAGGGCAGAGACGGAGGACCCCUCUUGCCUUGACGACUGCCAGUCCGAUGGAGUGCUACAGAAAGAAGAGUAGACGCAUCCCAAAAUAUAGGACGGUGGGAGAAAAUCCACAAUAUACUGCCUUUGCCAUGCUAAGGUCUAAUCAUUCAAAACACACACACACACACACACACACACACACACACACACACUGCUGUACAGUAUAAUACAGUUAAAUGUUGAACAGUAGAGCACAGACAAAAUGUGCAGUGUAGUUCUUUUGAGGAACCAUACUGCAUAGUGUGUCACAAAGUGUUGAACAACAGUAAUAAGCAGCAGUUCUGUAUUCAAUUGCACUAUACUGACUGUAGCUAUAUUGUACUGUACAAAGGCUUUUAAUUUGGGUUUGGAAAGAUGUAGGUGAUCAUGUUGCAUUCAUUUAUAUAAUAAUGUGUAUACAAUAUAGACACAAAACAGAUUCUGAGGCAGUGUUUCCCGCACAGGCAAGAUUAGCUAUGGCAAUAAAGUUAUUUGGGGAGGACAGAUCAAGAAAUACUUGAGGGCAAGUACUAUUUUGGGUAAAAAUAAUGUUUUAAUAUGUAUAACUUACAUACUUUAAAACUGUUUACGUCAAAAGAUAUUUACAGUUGGGAUUUAGGUUGUUUACAUGCUGUGCCUCAUUUAACAGGCUGCAUGCGUGUCCUUUCACAGGCUGCAAAACAUAGCUGGACAUCCAGUUAACCUGAAAUCUAAUUUCAUAUUUUAAAAGCUGCUGGUACUUCAGUCUAAUGAUUCAUUCCAACUGUUGAAAUGUUGUAAAAUGUUUUUUUAAAUUGGCCUUAUUGAUUAGCUUUGAAUUAAUUGAAGUCAAGAAGUUAUCAGUACAAAAAUACCUUUUCACUUUGUUCUCAUUAAAAUGUACUUUUGGUUGUGCUAAUUUCAUAUUUAUACUGCCAGUGACCACACUUUAUAUCAUGUAUCCAUUCAAAAUUCCACUCAGAGACAACAUUCUGUUCCCAGAGCCCUGUGGAGGUGCUGGUCAAUUCUUUGUGUGACAAAGGCUCAAUAGAGCCACUUUCUAAGCCAGAAUUGGUAGUGGGUCUGCAGAGGGCACCUUAUCCUCUUCUGCAGUCGAUUUUCUGCAGCUUUUCAGGAGGCAGUGGUGGAGCAAUGGAAACAAAAGGGGCUUACGUAAUAAUUGGUUUUAAAUGUAGGUGGUCAUAUUAUGCACAGUGUCUUCAUAAUGCUAUAUUCAGGUUUAACAUGUUGUCAGCAAAUUUUGAAAUACUGGAGUGGAAAUCUUGCACAUUUCCUUUUUAUGACAGCCAAAUGAAAACCUCAGUGCUGGCCUUAACCAAGCUUGCAGCUUAAAGCAAAAUAGGAAAAGGAAAAUGUACCGUUGUCAGGGAAUUACAUUACACUCAUAUGUAAUUACCUUACCAGUUCAUUUUAACAUAAUUCUGAUAUUUGAGCAAAAAUGACCAUGGAAGUACUUACCAAAUUGAACAGUACAGCUCCACAUACAUUGUCAUACUCUUUGUGGCUUUGCUUCAGAGAUGGACAUAAUUUCUUUUUGGAUGACAAACACUAGAAAACCAAUGGGGACUUCAGUAUUGACAGCUAAGGAGGCGCAAGAACUGCCAAGGCUUUUAAGUUAUGCUGACAUUAUAAAAUAGUUUAAAUAUCCUGAAAUAUUUAAGUGGUCUGCAUGCAAUUUAAAAAAGAUAUUUACUAUUCAGAAUAAUUAAUGUCCAUGCACUUUCUAUUUAUUUUAUAGUGGCUAAAAUACAUUGCAUAUUUUACAGUAAGGUCAUUGUAAAUGUUUGAGGAAUUCCACUUCAGCAAGUGACUAAAAGGUGUUGUAUUUCAGAGCUAGUAGGGGUUAUGUUUUGCUGCAGAACAGCAGACCAUCCACAUUUUGAACAGAGCUGAAAUCAUUCAUAUUGGCCAAGACCCUCCACUUAGGUUCCUGAGAAAUCAGAUUGAGCACAUUUGUGUUGGAUAAAAAAGUUAAUCUUUCUUGUUUGUACAGCUAAUUCUAAUUUUUUUUAACAUUUUUUAAUUAUAAAGCUAAUCUUAUUGAUUUUAUUUUUAAUCUAAGAGCUGUCGCCAAGGCGGGCAGAUUUCUUGCUUAUACUGGUCGUCUUGGCAAACGCUAUCUGCGGGAAACACUGCUUGGUGGGAAUCAUGUGUUUAUACAUUAGUGAUGUAGGUAGGGGGUCUCUGUGGCUUUCAUAAAAGGCUCAUUGUUUUUGAGUGAGUUUGAGAGCAUGGGAAGUAUUCACAAGAAAAAUGUAAAAGGAAGUGCUGAGUUUUAGGUGAUGGGAGCUACAGAAUGAGUAGGAAAUGAGGUACAGAAUGAUACAGGACUAGAGGGGGACCCAUAAAAUGAGCUUACUGAAGUAAUACGAUUCUAAUAUGAAAAGUAUGACUCUUUUUCGUUUACUAUUUCUGUGAUUAAUUCUAACCCCUCUCUAAAAUUUUCUGUAUGAGCAAAUAAGAAUGCUUCAGCUUUGCAGCAUCAAAUUAGAGACACCAACAAGUAAAACUAACCCAAAUUAACCCACCAAAUCUAAAUUUUGUAGUCAUCUGAAUCUUCAGCACCUUAAGCCCCAAAUUUUAUAUGGCACAGCUGAUGCACCUUUAUUUACUUAGAAAUGAUUGGACCUCAUCCUUUAAAGAAUGUAAAGGACAAUACGAUUGACCCAACCUUUAAUGGCCUCCUUUAAAUGGCAUUCAUCUUAUUGAGAGUUAAUUUUAAGCCUGUACAUAUAGGACACUUAAAGUGUAGAUGCAGCACCUUUAAUAUGUGCAGAUAUCAAUGGGGAUGGGAGUGUGAGGCUUCAUGAACCACAGAAUUUGUGGAGCUAGUGUGUGUAAUCAGUGACUGUGGAGAGCAGUCAUUUAAAAGGUUCUCAUAAGUCAGUGAUUGCACUCAUUAUGUAUGUGCUUCUUACUAUACAUGGGUCUCUGCGCGUUUGUGUGUUUCAUCAUGAUUGUAGAAUGACAUUUGAUGUAAACCAGUAUGGUUAUAUUCUUUAUUUCAAAAUUUAAAAUAAGAUUAAAUACCUUCAAUGUAAUAGGUCACACAUUGCACAUUAAUGCCAAUUUAGAAAAUGUUAGAGAAAAUUGAUCAUAGAAAUCUCAACCCCCUGGGUUGUCCUCUGCCAGGUUAAAAUAGGAGGCUUGUACAUUUGUUCCCUGAAAACCAAAAUGUACUCUGUUAGCUGGAGGAAAAUGUUAUCCUUACCCUGAAUUUGGAAUGUACGGUGUUAGAUGCAGAAAUCUUCAGGUGGAUUCAGGAAGGGGAAAAAUAUGAAUGCAUGAAGAAAUGAGGGAGUGAGUAAUGAAAAGUAAGAGAAACAGUUUGUGUCAGAGUGGAAAAUAUUUUUUAACAAGAAGCAAUCAAAUAUAUUUGAUAAUUAUCUGUUUUCAGGCCUUUAGAUAAACAUUCAAAAAAUAUUUCAUAAUAACAAAUUUAACUAUGAAGUAUAAAGCCUACUUCAAGCACCUUAUUUUGUUAUGCUAGUAAUGAUGUUUUAACAUUACCACAAAAUAUAUUUCUAUUAAUUGCCUUUUGACAAUAAUUCUUUAUAUUUAAGUGCUUAUAUGUGGUUGAUUGAUUCUCUUUGUUACCCCCAGAUUUAAUUGGAAAGUUACACUAAAUCACUUUAAAUGCCCUUUUGAUGAAGUCACCUUAAUAUUACCAAAUUGUCCAAAACAAAAACCAAUGUAAAACAAUGGUUUGCAACUCUUAAAAAUUUUCUGUUGGCCAAAACGUGGCUGUGGUACACAAUUGUUUAAUGGACUCAGCUUUUGUAUACUAGGUCUACGCAAAGAAAGGUUAGUGAGUUCAAUUUUACAAGCCUAGGCUUUUGAAUAAUGAACAUACUGGCUUUUAUGGGACUUCAGUACAGUGAAUCUCUCUUGGUGUACUGUACUGUCCGAGUCUGUGGUUUACUGUCCUGUACUUUAUCGGCCCUUGCGAACUGGACUGGUGUUAUUGUGACUGUAUUGGUCUGGACUUUGGCCAUAGUAUAAAUAUUGUGUUUUGUUGAUUAGGUACAGUACGGGAUUUAAGGGUACGAUAGCAUAUAUUUAACUCAAGCAAUUUUAGCCACUUGCACACUUACACAACCAAACACACAUUCUCACACACAAAACAUCCCUCUCUCUGCUAGUGCCCAGUGUUUGUGUAGUGUGUCAGUUGUCAUUGUGAUUGUAAAUGAGCAACCCUUCGGCCGCUUCAAUUCCAGGACAUAGGCUCAUAGGCCAGAAUGAAAAAGCAGAUCAAGUACCAUGUUAUGUUUACACUCAUGGGAAAGGCGUAGUUUCACUGAGCAAAUACCAUUCUGCAUUUUUACAAAUGUGUUUUAAAAGCCAUUUUACAAUUCAGGGCCUUAGAUUUUGCACUUUUGCUAAUUUAGAGCACAGAGGAGAGUUGCGUGAUUCAUACAGUUGAAACUUUUUUUUUAUUUCACUUGUGCUUUAAAGUUGAUGUGUCUGUAUCAGGUCUCUGGUAUAGAGAUACCCUAAUCUGUCUGAGAUCAGUAGGAACUUUUCAGUUGGCAGAGGGAAAAUGAACUUUCUGAUACAAGAGUUACAGAGAAAUUUGAUGUAGAAAAUACCACUCAUAUUGUUUUGGUAUGGCUGAAAAUUGGUGUGCAGAACACAUGGUCUCAAUCUCAUCCAAGUUAAAAACUGCUUUAGUACAAGUCCCCUGCAUAUUUUUGACUACUCAACAUGUAAUGUCAUUUUGCUGUUUAAACAAUGGGUGCAUCUGGUACUUGGCCUGCUCUUUCAUUUUCUGCAUCUGUAGUUGAAGGGCUUAAAACACUUGUACUGAUUGACACACAGAUACUGAUGCACAUGAUGAAAUGUAAAUAUUGAGACACUGAGAUGCAGUGACAUACAGUCAAAUACAGGAGAGAAGUCACAUACCGACACAGUGACACAAUGGUGAGUUGUAUCCACAGUAUGGUCACACUUAGUUUGUUAUUUUAGUUAUUUUGUCUUAUGAUUCUCUUUCUUUGUCAAAAAUAUAGUUUCUCUCUAACUUUAUGGAUUCAUCAUUUCUUCCUCUACAUCUUUUGCUUUUUUAGUCUUUCUCUACAUGGUCCACUAUCCUAACCCAUUUAAACAUUUAUGAAAAACACAGAAUAAUUAAUACUGAUGGUAAUAUUAUUAGAUAACUGUAGUGAAAAUGAUACAGUAAUAGUAGUAACUACAAUUGUUAUGCUUGGAGUACAGAACCUCAGCCUGCAGGUGUUAAAUGGUGGUUGUAUUCCAUUGCUUUCUGUUUCUUUCCCAGUUUGUGAUUGCAGUUUCCAGUUAAAGGCAGAAAGGAAUAGAUGUGUAGAUCAUUCUAGAACUUGACCACACACACAGGAAUAUAAGUAUACACCACGAUCACAGUAACAAAUACACAAGUUCAGGUUCCCUUCCUACAAACGAAUACUUGUCAAACAAAUAUACUGACACUCACAAAUAGAUGAGAUUGCUGAUCAGAAAGUCGAGUCGUAAAGUCGAUGUUUAUGUUGGUUUUUCAGCUUAAUAGACGCAGAUUUCGAAUGCUGAAUCAUACCUGAUACAUGUAAAAUGUGCUGAAUUUUAAUUUUAAGCGGAUUACUCCUUAAAUGAAGCUACUUUCAUAGUAAUAGUGCACCACCUUCGAGAUACAGAUACGCUGUCUAAGUUAUCCGCUUGUAAAUUGUCUCAGAUUAGACCACUUUUCACCCCUUCCACCUAAUUCCACUAACCUUAUUUUUUCCCUGCUGAAGGUCUCUUAUCCCCUAAGCCACAUCCUCACUCGCUGUCUGCUUGAUUCUCUUAUGUCUGCAGCAGAGAUAACAGUAAUGACAAGAUAAUAGCAAUGUUAGUGGUGACUGAGACUAUUUCUGUACGUACUUAUAAUCAGACUGAUGGAGAAAGUAAAAUAUUUGAAACGUGAGUGAGAAAUCCUAAACUUUGUAACCAUUUCAUUUUCUAAAUGUGCAUAUGUUUUUCUUACUAUUUUCAAUGGUAUUGCUACUGCUAAUCCUUUUACCGUUGCUACUUUUGGUGUUGAAAUAUGCGUAGUGGAACUGAACAUUUUAAACUAACGAUCGCAAUGUUCCCUAUAUUUUGUAUUGUAUUGUGUUUAGUACCACUUCACCU